AUCCCCCCUCCGCCUUCUCCCACCCGACGCCUUCCUCGACGCGGCGAGAUACCGUCCUUUGUCUCUUCUAGUUCUUGUUUUAUUGUCCCCGCCGGCUCCCGCCUUUGUUCUCUGACGCGUUUACUUAUUCCCAGUCUCUCUUGUACUAGUUUCUUUGCACGACUAGCUCGCGCUUUCUGAUCUUACUCGGCCCACUCUUCGCCUUUCGCCUCUCAAUGGAAGCCCACCUCGAACACGUCCUCGAGCACCCCAAGUCCCCGGCCUUCAUGGACGCCACAUCCAACUUCACGUAUGACCCCAUGCUCGGCCUCGACUACAUCCAGUACCCUCCCAACUCGCCCUUUGGUCUCUCGUCCCAGAACCCAUCGUCCCCAAGGAUGGGCUUCACCGGUCUGAACCUUGCCAGUGGUCUCGGUGACUACCCGUACUCGUCGGGCACCUACACCACCCCGUCCCCGGGCCGCCCCUUCACGCCCUCGGACUCGGCCAGCAUCUACCCUGCUGCUCUCUCCAACAUGAGCGGCGGCGAGCUGUCCUCGGACGGUAUGACCACCGGCAGGCGCAACAGUCGCGGCAGUGGCACCCACUCGCCCGCGUCCUCCGCUUCCCUCGCAGCAGUCCCGCGGUCGCACCGCUUCAACCCGUUGGGCGGUGCCAUGCCCCCUGCUCGCACAACCUCGAGGAAGAGGCGCGCCAAGGUCGAUGAGUUCGGGAGUGACGAUGAGGACGACGGUGACUUUGUUCCCUCCUCCAACUCCAAGGACGCCGAUGUCCGUCGCGAAGAAAUUCGCCGCCAACGCAUCGAGUCCGAGCAGAGGAGACGGGACGAACUCCGGGAGGGGUACCGCAGGCUCAAGGACGCUCUGCCAGUUUCGAACCAGAAGUCCAGCAAGGUCUGCUUACUGGAUCGGGCUACCACUCACAUCAAGUACCUCGAGAUGACGAACCAGCAACUCACGGCGAGAGUGCAACAGGCCGAGUCUGAGAUGCAACGGCUACGACAGGUCAACGAGGCGUUGAUGCUCGGGACCGCUGAGCAACGCCAUGCCGCCGCUGCAGCUGCAGCAGCAGCCGUCGGCGCUCCCCAAUCGCAAGGCUUCUAAUUAGGCCUUGUGGUUUUGCCGUUGCCUCGGAGAAAAGCAUCAGAAAAUGCGCAAUCACGCGAGCGCAGACGAUUUUUAUGAGACUGGAUUGGGUUUACGAAGCCUGUAGCGGGUUUGCAGGUGUCACGGCAUGCAUCUUUCAUGGACUAGAACACAAGCACGGACUAUCUCUUAAUUACCGCAUUCAUCAUCCCGCACUCUUCCUCGUCUUGCAUUUUUCAUGACUCCCGUUCACGACCAUUCCCCACUACCCCUUCCUCCGCUGCUGACUAUCGGAGCGCUAGGUCGGAGGAUGCACGUUUGCGACGCGCGUCGUUGUCUCUUCCGGGCACCCACAUAUCCUCCCCGCGGCUGUGCCGCACCGCUCUGCUUGUCGCGCUUUCUCGUCGACGCUCUGACCCGUGGUCAUAUAUGCGCGAUGGAUCGCGCUCUACAGCGAGCACCACUGUCUACACGACACCGCCUUGAAGACUGGCCGUCAAGACGGAUUCCAAGGACCCCGAUCCAUGACGCAGUGACCUGGCAACCCGAGCCGACUUUGGGACCCGCCGCUUGCCAGUCCGGCCGAGGCUUGCAGACGCUAAGCGUCUCGCCCGCCGCGACGACUUGCUGUGGCCCUCUGUUUAGUUUAAACCGUCGGAGUCCUCUCAUGUGAUCGCCUUCCGAGUCGAUCUGUCUGCGCCGCUGAUGCGGACCGCUUCAGUGCGGCUUCUGCUCGCGCGCGCCGAUACACUGGCUGACGCUGUCUCGUCUUAUCCGUCCAUUCCCGCCGCUCGAAGAACAAUAUUCCGACCUUCCCUGGUCCGCUCUGUCAAUCCUAGUCACCAGAUUCGACAUCCCCCUUCCCCCACGACGAUUCAUACAUCGGCAUAUUGUUUAUUGCUAUCAUCUACUUAUAACGGAUUUCUUGGUUGCUCUGCGCCUUAACGAAUUGAACGCCUGGUUACGCUCAAUCUCACGUCCACCCCCACCAUCCUCCCCAUUCAACCCGCGCCGUUGAUCCGCUUUCUACCUUCUUCCGACGAGUUACCUGGAUGGGUGCGCUUUUGCGUCCCUGACGAGGGUCGAUCGUGUCUUUCGCGAGGCAUACAUCGGCCCAGGUGGCUGCAUGUCUGGGAAAGGAGGUUGAUUGCGGUAUCGGCAAAGGAUAUCCCUGCAAUCGUCCAACAGGUCCAUCUGCUCUUCAAUAUGAUUCCUUCUGAUUUCCGCCCUCAUCUACCAACCGAUCGACACUCCCCGUCCAGUAUUCAUCAUCGUUGACGCCGACCGUGGCCAGUCCACAACCGAGCUCCGAAGAUUGAGUCACGACGCGACGAGCGCUGGUCACCUGGAAGAACGAAAUGGCGUCCCGACACGCCUGCGGUUGCGAAGAAGUUGAGUCGAAGAAGACGCUGGAUGCGCAGCUGUCGCGCGCGGUGGUCCCCGCUUGCGGGGGCUCGAUCGAAGAAGACGGAUUGCCCGACGGCUUGAUGUGCUACCCCUCCGCCCCGCGCCCUCACGAUCCCUACCUAGCUUGACUGGUGGCCUCGUCCCCUUUUACCUCGCCCAUCUUCAUUGACGUCUUUAAUCUGCUCUUUUAUCUGCGCUGCGCGGGAAGGGUAGCACAGUUAUGAUGCAUUGGUCUUGUAGCUACUAGUUGGUGCAAGCCUUUGUGUAUUCACGAUGCUAUACAUUUAUGAGACUGUAUUUCUAUGAUUUGUCUGGAGCGAGCAUCA